UUUUCAGCCACUGUGUUGUGGGGUGGGACACCUGCCUACCAGGGGCGUCCCUUAAAAGACAUCUCCACACCUUACAGGUGUCGCCUGUCAAAAGCCAGCGGGUGCAGCGUACCCACCGAUAACACCGCGCAGUGAUUGUAUUUUGUCUCGCGGCUGAGUCAAUGCGGGUGUGCUAGACGGUUAUAGGCUGGCUACCUUCGCAACUUGAUGCUAGCGGGCCACCUCACCUGUGUAGGUUGUUGACGUCACUUCCUGCCUGGCCGCCAUUUUCCACCUGGACUAAAUCAGAGGAGGAGGUGGAGCGAACAGACGCCGUCAGAAAAUCGUCUCACCUGUUGGUGCUGUGAUCAUCUGGUCCCUGGUGGCCCCUGGAUAAGCCACACAGUCCUGUACCAUGCAUAAAAUAUUCAGUAAAAAGAAACAGAACAGUGACAACAUCGCCAAACACUCGAGUGGCGGUGAGGCGACACGCCCAAACGACACAAGCGCUCCAGCCAACGAGGUGAACGGAGGGUCGAAGAGUAGUCGAAGUUCAGAGGCGCCAGUGCCCUCCCAGCCACCACGCCCCCGCCUGGUGUUCCACUGUCAGCAGGCCCAUGGCAGCCCCACUGGAAUUAUAUCAGGGUUCACCAAUGUCAAGGAACUGUACCAGAAAAUCGCCGACUGCUACGACAUUCCUGUGGAAGAAAUUUUAUUCUGCACGCUCAACACCCACAAGGCAGACAUGAACAAGCUGCUGGGUGGCCAGAUUGGUCUUGAGGACUUCAUCUUUGCGCACAUCAAGGGCCGUCCCAAGGAGGUGGAGGUGACCAAAUCUGAGGAUGCACUUGGCUUGACCAUCACGGACAAUGGCGCUGGCUACGCAUUUAUCAAGCGCAUCAAGGAGGGGAGUAUUAUGGACAACGUAGCUUUCAUUUCUGUUGGCGACCAUAUAGAAAAGAUUGAUGGUGAGUCACUGAUUGGCUGCCGACACUUUGAAGUUGCGAAGAAGCUGAAGGAAAUACCCAAGGGAGCAACAUUUGUCUUGCGAGUGGUGGAGCCUCUUAAGUCAGGCUUUUCCAACAUCGGGCCCUCAAGUGGCAAAAAAGGGAGUGGCAAAAUGGGAACAGGAAAAGAAACUUUGCGGUUACGCUCCAAGGGGCCAGCUACUGUGGAGAUUCCUGAUGAUGUGGUCAAUGUUGCUGUUGAGAAAAUUAAUGGCUUGUUGGAGAACUUCAUGGGCAUCAAUGACACAGAGCUGGCACAAACCAUCUGGGAAAUUGGAAGCAGAUCAGAAAACCCACAUGAAUUCACUGUUGGUAUGGAUGAGUCCGAUCUCAAAGAGUUUGGCUUCACAGAUGACUUCAUUUUUGAUCUAUGGGGUGCCAUCAGCGAUGCCAAGAGUGGUCGACUCAAGAAAGUUCAAGAGUUUACAGAGCAGUUCUAAUGUUGGACUGUCGUGAUGUCAUGUCAGUGGCCUGAAGACUGUGGCUUGAGGUUGGCAGUGUAGCUGACAGUAGCAGAUCUAUUUACCUGCAGAGUUUGGUUGGUUUGUUUUUUUGUUUGUUUGUUUUUUUGUUGUUUUUUUUCCAUAGCCCACCAGACAACAACUUGAAUUGCAGGAAACACAGAGCUGUCCUGCUGAUAGUGUAUCUCUGUCCUGUGUUGGACAGUACAUCUGUGUCCUGUUUAUAGUGCGUCUCUGUCCUGUGAUGGGACAGUACAUCUAAGCUCCCUUUGAUUGCUUUGUUUUUUGCUGGAAAUAAAUGUGCAGGUUUGUAAAAUUAUUUUUUAAUCUGGUAAAGUAUACAAUCUUCACUCAUAAUUCAAUACAUAUCUUAUUUUUGCAUAUUGUUUCUUUUAAGCGAUGACUUAUCAACAACAAUUGUCAUGUUAUCUCUGUCUGAAGAAAAGGAUGUUGAGAGGGUAUGAUAUUGGUGUUGUGAUAUUUCACUAUAUCUGCUAUGCAGACCAAUGCUUUAUGCUAGUAAAACAGUCUUUGGCGUUCAAAUGCUAGAAUUUGGGCUGUAUGCCAGCAAAGUUAUUUUUGAAUCUUGGUUUGAUCAAGGAGACAGUAGUUGCUGGACCAUAGCCAUAGGCAUGUGGUGUGUGUUGAAUAAUUCAUUUUAAAUCCAAGAAAUGCUAUGCAUUCUGAAAUUAUCAAAAAAAGAAAAAAAAAGUUUACUCUAAAUAAACUAAAUUAAUUUGAUGAACUUGGUUAUUUUUAUAAUUCUAGCAUUAAAUUGCUUGGCUUGAUUUGAGUAUCAGUUGGCUUAGAUUGUUUUUCCAGAAUGGGCCAAAGAAUGGAAAGUUUAUUUAAUAUUUCCAUGUUAAUAUUUUAAUGUAAACUAAAGAUAUCUAUAGUAUGUAGAGGAUGCUAAAUACUACAUUUUUAUUGCUUGUUUAUUUUUCCGUUUGAUGCCACACUUUCCAGAGGUGUGCCAAGUUCUAAAGAGUAGUAUCUCUAAAAUCACAUUGUUAAUGAUUAUGUUUUAAUUUGUGAUUUUUCUUUUAAAAUUCCAAACCCAGCCUCCAUUGUAGUUUAUUUUAAAUGUACCUGUUUCAGAUGUUAGUUAUUAGAAUGACAGUGCCAGCAAGGCUUGUGCUUAGUGUGUGGUGCUGUGUAUCAGUUGGAAAAUGUCAGGUACCAACAUUUCUCCAGUGAACUUCCCUUUUCCUUGUUUUGGUUUUGUGGAACUUCAAAAUGUGUGACCCUUCCCAUAUACAAAUCUGGUUUUUUGGAUAAGAUAAAGCAACAUGACAGUUUUCCUUCAGGAAUGUUGAAUUGUAAUAUUACAAGAAAGUUUUGUUUACAUGCCUUUUAUUGACAUUCAAUACCCUGAAUAACUGAAAGGCUGGGGCAACAUCAGGCUGGUGGAAAGAGAGAGAGAGCGUAGUGGAUGUUUUCUGUUUGCUUUUGGAGUUGACCUGCCACAAAUCUUCCCGACGUUACUCAUUGCAUGUAACUUGCACCAAUCACACCCACGAGAUACCUGUGAAUCAGGAGUGGCUGAUAAAAUGACCUAUUUAUUUCAGUGACAUCAAAAUCUGUGGGCUUUAUACAAAGUUGUUGCUUGCAUCAGCUACCCACCUCUCUUGCUUUUACUUGUGCCUGCACAACCACUUUGUCACCACACACACACAUGCACAGAUUUUGCGAUAAGUGUUAUUUUAAGUUGAAGGAGAAAAAAUUAGCUAUAAAGUAAGAAAUAUGGCACAACCAAAACACUUUCAGAGUUAGGUUUAUUUUGGAUUUGAUGUCACUCUUUCUAUGUACAAAGUAUGUUGAUUGGGGUGGAGUGCUUUAACAGUAGCUCCACAUUUAGCAUUAGUUCUAUUUUUCUUGUUGGUAUGCCUUCUUUCUUUUAUGUAGCUGAUUUUGUUGCUGAUGAGGAUUUCAGACCUUUUUUUUUUUUGCGAGAAAUGUUUGUAACCUAAUAACCUCCCAAAACAAUAUAUAUGAUUUGUGCACAAAAAUACUUAUGCAUGACCUUUAAAAAGUUAUGAAAGUUUUAAUAACUUUAUCUUUUUAGCCCCAAUCUUCCUAUGCAGAAAUGAUUAAAUUAUCGGGUUUAUUGUGGACUUGUAAAACCAUUUUUUGUGGAUCCUUACCUUUUUGUCCUGAAUGUUGAAAGAGAACUUUCUCCCUCAUAAUGUCAGGAUUGAAUUUACCAAUCAAAAUGAAUGUUAACCCAGAAAAAGCCUGUGUUGUCAUGGCAAUGCAUGUGUGGGACCACUAUGACUGCAAUGACAAGAAGCCACUCAGACAUGAAAGUCGAGAUUGAGCAGCUUGGCUGUCCACAUGCACUUGGUGGUACCUUCAUUGUCUUCAUGUUUGAGGUAGUGCUAUCACUGUCAUCCUUCAAAGGGUUAGACAUUUUCAGGUGUUGGUGUUCCUUGCAAAUUGCUGUACCACAGUAUCUGUUUGUAUUUUAGGUAAACAUUUCAUAAUUUGUGAAAAAUGGUUGAGCAUUGAAUUCUUUUUAUCAGGGAUAGGGGGGAAUAAUCACUUUCACAUUUAUGGUACACUAACCAUAAAGCUGUCCUGAGAAAGAGUGUGUGUAUAAGUGAGAAAGUGUGUCCAUGUGAGAGAGACUUUUAAUCACGAGUUUACUCCCCUGAAAGUGUUUCACAAACAGGGGCUUUUUGCUUGCUGCUGGAGUGAUAUUGAUGAAGAGUUUGGUUGUUUCAGAUUUUACGAAAUCAGAGCAGUUACAUAUUGAUUGUUAUAAAAGAAUAAGAAUAAUUAUAUGUUGAUUGUUAUAAGAAAGAUAUUUUGAUUGCCUUUUCCUGUUUUAUAGUUGGCUUUUGAUACAGAGUGGCAAAAUCAAAAUGUAUGCUUAGGGAAAUGGAUUAGAAGGCACUGACAUAACCAAAUGGCUAUCUGCAGUAAGAUUACUGGGACAUUCUUCAAGAUUGUUGUGUAUUUAUAUAAACUAUUUAAAAGUUCUAAAUGUUUCUGUAAUUGCCUUUUCCGAGUGUUGACAGAAAUGCAUGACCAAACAUUACAUAACAGUCAAAGGGCAUCAGUCAUCACAACACUGUAGUAGCAUCACGCCACUCUAUAGUGUCAUUUGUCACACCACAGUCUAGUGGCAUCAUCCAUCACGCCUUACUUUAGUGAAAAAGGCCCUCACACCACAGUUCAGCAGACUGGGACGAUUUACUGCCGCUGUGAGAUCCUCAGUGGGACAGACCCUGCCGCUUAAAGAUUUUGUCUAGGGUCUCAAUCAGAAUCCCAGAUGCUAAUUCUUUUCAUUUGAUCGCCUUGUUUUGUAAGUGUUGGGUCAUGUGCUACUGAAACGGCCUAGAGACGUGUGCACUGGUAUUUUACUGUGUUGGUCUGUGAAACUUGAGUCAUGUUUUGCCAGGUGACAGAAGACGUGGUCCAGUGCCCUUCCAUUGUGAUAAUAGUGUUCAGCAACGCAUCUUUGAUCCCUUUCAGCAUCUUUGAUCAGGGAUGUUCUUGAAGUAGAAAUAUCUUCAUUCUUGUCUCUUGAUCUGAUCUACAGAAGACAUUCCUUGCCCAGGUUUUUUUGUUUUUUUUUGUGUGUGGUUUUGAUACUGUUGUUUGAUGCAUCUUCAUUGGGUCCUUCAAGAGUUUUUAAUACUGGACAGUCAAAUGAUUGUUUUGGAUUGCUUAUACACAUUCCAGUUCUUUAUCCAAUCCAGCCAUAAGAUGGCCCCUAGUUGCCUACUUGUUGAAAAACGCCCAGAACUUUUUCACUUCUUCUUCUGCCCACCACAAAGCAGGGUCUGUUUUAGUUUCUCACUUUUUGAUGGCCUUAUCAGCCUUAAGAGUGUCUACAGUUUCACCAAACUUUUAAGAGAUUAUGCACUUUGCAUCAAUUGCAUAUCAUAUUAAUAGUGUUGUGCAUUUUGUAAGUUGAGUCCAGAAAAACAUAUCAAAUGGUUGAAUUUUGCACCUUUGUCAUCUUUUGAGUACAGAGUUUUGUAUAAGAUUGUAAAUGGCUUUCAAACAUGUUUGAAUGUGAUUCCAAAAACAUAUAUUUUGCUUCAGAUUUUGUGAAAGUUUAAAUAUUUGGUUUAGAAAGUAUUUAUAUGAGUUGCAGGUUAUUUAAAUAAAUUGUUUAUUGUCAUGGUGUCAACAAAGUGUUACAUGAGGUACAGUUAAUUAUUUUGUCCACAGUGUAAAUUAAUGUGUUAUUUGGCUUGGUUAUCAAGUUAGAACUUCUAGUUUGAGAUAGGCAAAGAUUUUCAGACAAUUAUUUUCUGUGAUUACACAGACUUUCAUGUGUUAUUUCAGUGGUUAGAAAUCAGUCUCUUUUACAGUGUUGUAUUGUUCAACAUGCGCCAGAUUUGAGAUCUAUGAGUGACUGAAAGAUAAUGAAAGUUUGAUGAAAAA